GCCAAGCUGCCCAUCUUCUGCACCUGAUGACGUCAGAGUUCAAAGAUCACCUCCACAUCUCAGACGAAGUCUUCCUGAUGAACUGUAAGGAGACCCUAACACCUGAGAUGGACCGGCUCAAGAAACUGCUGGCCAGUAUGAGGACGGAAAUGUUUGAGCGCCAACGCCAGAUGCCUAAAUUGUGUGGUGAAAUCACCAAGCAUCUGUUCAGCUGGUGUAAGAAGAAGUGCAGCCCGAAGUGUCCUGUACUGAGGUGGCCAGACUACGUGGAAGCAGUCAAAGAGAUCGACCCACAUGUGGACGAGGAAUUCCUGCUGAAAUCUACAAGACACCUACACCGUCUGGGGGAGGUCAUCUUCUCCUGUCCCAGUGCUUCUGAUCCCAUCAUUGUCCUGAAGCCCAACUGGCUCUGCACAGACGUCAUCGGCCCAAUGAUGGCACCAGUCAACUUCCCCAUUCCCCGCCCGGAGAGAACAAGCGAAGACUACGUCACCAGGGCGGAGAUCCAGCGCGUCUUCCAAGACGUUGCUGACGUGGAUCUCCUCAUCACCCUGCUGCAAGAGUUCCAGCUCUGCCACUCCUAUGACGGACAGACCUUCAUCUUCCCAGGGCUGCUGACACAAACCAUGCCUCCUGACAAGUGGCAACCAACACUUGAGCCAAAGGUGGUCUACUUUGGGAAGCAAGUCCAGUGUGCCGACUCAACUGACAUGUUCUCCUCCGGGUUCUUCCCCCGAGUGCAGACCCGCCUGAUGAGGGAGCUGGAGAAUCGCCCGCUGCUGUGGAGAGAUGGCGCCAAAUGUUGGGACUUAAAUGUGGAAGGUCUGAUCAAACUCUCUCCGGACGGCCGUGCAGUCACCAUCUGUGUCCGGAGUGUACAGGGUGACAAGGGUCAGUGUGGCAAGAUGCUGCAGCAGCUGGAGAACAUCAUCGCUGAUGUGCUGGAUGAGUGCAGCCCAGGAACAGGCACAGUAGAGAAGGUGCUCAGCGCUCGUGCACUGAAGGAACACAGGGAGGAGUUCUACUCUUACGGCAAGGAGGAGAUCAGCAAGGCAACAACAGAGGGCGGUGCAAUCUCCCAUCCCACCCUCGGGUUCACGGAGCAGGUGAGUGACCUGCUGUGUAGAGAGGAUGAGGACCCGCUCACCAGGAACCGCCCAGAGCUGGUCCAGGCCUUGCGACACGUGGAGCCAAUCCUGGACCACCUGCAGGCACGUGACAUCCUGACUGUGGAGGAAUGUGACAGCAUCAGGGCUAACAGAACGCCUCGUGACAAGGCUAGAGAACUGUUGGACACGGUAGGAAGAAAGGGUAAAAGCGCCUGGGAGGUGUUCAAGAAAGUAUUGGUAGAAGUCAACCCGUAUGCUGCGGAACUGGCGCUGUAGGCAAAGUGCUUAAACCUCAAACUGACGUA